AUGUCCGCCUCUGAGAAUUCCACAAUGAAAGCAGUUCUUUAUAAGCCUGGAGGUGUGGAAAACCUAUAUACGGGUACAGUGGCGAAGCCUUCAGCAGAGAAAACUCAAGUAUUAAUCCGCGUUCGCUACUCAGCGAUUAACCGAGCUGACACAUUGCAGCGUCAAGGUCUCUACCCCCCUUUGCCGGGGGAAUCUGAAAUCUUAGGAUUGGAAGUCUCUGGUUUAAUAGAGGAGGUGGGCGAUGAAUGUGUUGGAAAAUGGAAGUAAGUUCUUAUGUAAAGCAGCUGGGGGAUUAAACAAAAUCAAUCAUCUGAAUGCUCAAAAAGCUUGUUGCUAUAUUUAGGCUACUCCUCAAAAUACCCGCGGGAAAUAAACUUGGGCGUCACAAAACUGGAACAAAUUUAAGCGGCUAAAGACAAUUUUUGACCAAUUAAUCAAUAUUAAGAUAAUACUAUUUCACUAGUUCACUUGAUUUCUAGCUUGAUUUUCUUGUCAAAAAUAAUACCAUCCUAGUUAGACUGUCCAAAUGAGAGGUAGAUUGGACGUACUAGUGUUACCCAUUGUAAUCCCGGGAAUGUAAUGUUUGCAUAAUUGGUAUUAGAUAAAUGGUUUGAAUAUAGGAGUCAUAUCAUAAAUAGCGUGGCAUGUGAGCGUCCGGGUGAGUGUAUUCCGUGUGGAACUACACUCCCACGGUCGACAAUAAACAGUCGAUCACAGGUCUACAUUCACUGCACCUUGACGAUCAUAGUCCACCCCUUGACAAAUCAAGUCUGGUGAGAGCCUAGAUCUCCUGGGAUCCACCUCAAUCGACUCUCGAUGUGGCUACGCAUAUCGAGGUCCUUUUUUAGUGUCUACUUGCAGUGAAAUGACUACAGUGUAGUAUGUAUCAGUAUGAUCCAGUGUGAAGAAGCAUUGAUGCAUAAAUGUGCGGUGAUGCGGUGAAAGCGCCGUAACAAUAGAGAAAACGGGUGACUUUUGUCUAACUCUGGCUGAAAUGUGAUGAAGCAGAUUGUUGUAGUUGAAGGGUUCAACCAGUAAUCAUUUUCACAAAUAAAGGGAAGUAAAAGAGAAAGAAAAUAAGUUGCAGCUUUCAACAUUGAAUCGGGUCUUUUACGCUAGCGAGUAACUUUUGCAGUUUGAAAAACUGGGCAUUAGUAAAAUUUCGAGAUCGGAGCACAGAUCUUAUUCCGGAGUAAGGAUUAGAUAUAACGAUGAUGCAGCAGUUAUAUAAGGGAGAUGUCUUGAAUUUCUAGCAGAAUCAGUUGCAGACAUGUUGCGUUCCAAAACUUACCGCAUGAUAUCAGUCACCCAUUGUCUUUGUUUAAAAUUCUCCCACUGAGAAAAAAAUGCUGCACUGUUAUUUCACAUCGUGACUGCAAACAGUCUUUCAUUUGUCUUUUUUAAAUUAAAUUUGCAAAAUUUUACUUUGCCCUCAUGCACCGCGCGUGGCUCUGAGGAAAGAACGACACCAUUUCACGUCUGUCUAGGAUCACCCACCCUAAUAAUCGCGCACGCAAGGGCCAGCCCAUGUUCUUUUUCAGUUCAUUAUUACUUCUUUCAUUGUGUCGAUUUCAUUUUCACACUCCAGUGAUAAAUAUAAUUAUGAGCAAAACCCUUAUUCCUUUUAUUUUAUUUUCGCCAUUGUCUAAUUUACCUGAGAAGCAAGACAAGGCCAAUAUGCCUUAAUUGGCUUCUUGGCUCGCUGAUCACAAAACAAGCUGUAGCAGCUGUAAAGCAAACGGAACCCCACCGGUGAUGGCUACGAGCGUAUGGCAAAAAAAUCACUGGGCUCAUAAUUCCUGGUCUGCCUUAACCUGCGAUCGGGCGUCCUUUCUUGCGGGGUCGGCGGACGGCGGGUAAAGGGGAAAAAGAACGCCCCUUUUCACCUCGCCUAAGGACCGCCUGAUCGUAGGUUGGGUCUCCAAGUAUUUGCUAAAAACGGAAAAAAAACGGGGCUGGAAGUGCGUGAACGGAGAAGUAAAAGGAUUCCUCAGUUAUCAUUUCCGAGCCACCUGAAGCGAAUUUUACUCUAAAACGGCCUCACACUUCAGUUCUCGUAUAUCUCUCUGUAAUCGCUUCUAUCUUCUAAACUUGCAGUCGUCCGCUGCCAUCAUUUAAGGAGCUUUAGCAACUUUUUUUACGACGGCGACGGCACCGACAACGUCAAAAAGCAAUAGGUUUAUUGAGUAAAACAACAAGUUUGAACGUGCAUCACUCUUAUAUUAUUUUUCUGGCUGUCACUGCACGACUACACGUAAACAAGCGACGAAGAAUUUGUCUUUCACUUUCCAAACUUAAAGGUGGUCCCAAAUAAAUCAACUCCAGGGAAAUUCCCUACAUUUGACAUUUUCAACGAACUGGAAUAAACGCGACAAAGUGAGAAAAAACUCGAAUUCAUUUUUAAAGUGAUGUUCUCGCUGCCGUCGCCUUCGUCGAUGCAAAAAACUCCCUAUUAGGGAGCUUACAAACACGGCGAUGGCUACACGAAAACGUCACUUAAACAGUGAAGUCGCCCUUAUUCCAUCUCGUUCAGUUCGUCAAAUGCUGGCAAAAUGUCCGGAGUUGAAAUUAGGCAGUUUCACGUUGUUGUCGUGCGGUGACGGCACAAGUGAAACGGAGUUAUGUCCAAACUAGAAAGAAGGAAUCCCUCCCUCGGUGCGGCGCUUAAGUUAAGCCGGCCGGCUGCUGGGCCAGUGCAUGCAGUUGAAACCUUACUCCUCAGGGGUCUCAUAUCUCAGUCGGCAGGGAAUUAACUUAUAAUCCGGAAGUCGUUUGCCUCGCCUGUUCCCUAAUUCCCUUUCAGGGUAGGGCUAAGGCUUGGUUGCGCCUAUGGUCAUAUGGGCUUCGCUCUAUCUUCAGCUUUUAACUUUUUUAACUUGAGAGGUUUAUUCUAACGUAAGGGUCUAAGGGAAAGUUAAGUCAAUGGCAGGUGAUACGGAAUUGACCAACGAUGUCUUUCUCCGUUAUCUAUAGACCCGACUCCUUGUAACAUCAAUGCUUUGUCAUGAGAAUUACAGACAUGAUCACACAAGAUGAAUUUGCUUGAUAUUUUAUCAACUUCUCCCCACUACUUCUGUAGGAAAUGAAUAGGGGCAACAAAUGAGAAUUCAAAUUUUGAUCUUAGGGUUUAAAGGGUUAAGUUUCCCUCACAAUCCCCAUAACCGAGCCAAACCAAGUGAAGAGAGCCGAAUUUGUUCCGGUCUCAUCCUAAGCAUUGCCACAGGUAUUUCUUCGCAUUCAACCAGCGACCAUGCAAGAAAGAGACAGUAAUAACGAUAGUUCGCGAAAUUUUACAGACUUUAGCUCACCAUUCAAAUGCCAGAGAAAUCUCUCUCGACUUUACGGGGGAGUUAUAUCUUCGCUCGUUUCUGACAUAUCACUCUCAAACCUUUAAAAAUUUUGAGGCCCUCUUUGUGUUGUUGGAUUAUCGCUCCUUUUGUUCUUCGCCAAAAGUUGAAAAAACGAGGGAUGCUUUAUUGACCACUUAAAUAGCAUGACCCCACGACUAGUUAUCUAGUCUAUUAACUCAGCCCUUCUUUCCUUAGCUUCGCAAAGUAUUUUAAGGCACUUUUACGUUCUUUUUUGUAGGAAAGGUGACCAAGUUAUGGCCUUAUUAGGAGGUAAGGAAUGCUGACACUCUAAAUACGUUUCUGGGAAACUGCCCACCUACCCCUCCCCUAAGCCAACAUUAACACUUACUUCUCACUAAGGGCAAAGUGUUAGCUUUGGGGAGGGGUAGGUGGGCGGUUUCCCAGAACGUAUAAUGAUCCAAAAUACACACAGUACAUGCACACAGCGUUACUUUGAAGGAUGGAAAAACUGGCAAAACAAUAUUGUGUAUGUUUGACUCUGAUUCUUAUAAUUAAAUACUUAUUGUUAACAGAGAAAAGAUAAAAUUUGAAAACGUACUGUACGUUUAAUUUCAGUUCACUCACCAAAUCAAAGACAAAGAACAAAAUAAACUAUUGCGUCAUUCGAACACCUGGCUCAUGGGGUUGCUACAUUUACUCUUCCUAUGAUAAUCAAUAAUUUAUUGGACAUCUAAAUUUGUUAGUUAAGUCCAUCUUCUAGCAACAGAUUUACAGAAUCAGCAGUAACCUGUUUUAAACAAAACACGGACGAGAUCAAAUCAACCCCUUUACCCGCGAAAUGAUAAAAACUUUGAUCCGAUCAUAUCCGAUCCAGUUAUUAGUUAUUAAUAAGGAGGACACAGGAUAUAGACGGCAGUGAAAACGUCAUUUAUAUUAAGGGCAUUUGCAUUCUUUAAAAAUUUACGGCGGUUACUGUAACUGACUCAAUUAGUGAGAUGAAGGCAAGUUUUCCUGUAGUUGAAUUUAGAGAGCACGUCAAAGGUUAAAAGAGAGAGGAGAAAAAUGUCGUCCAACGUUUAAGUCCUCUAAAAAAUGUCAAAUUCAUGGACGUUCGACGUUUUAGUCGUGCAGUCACAACGAUGAAAUGUACAAAAAAGCGUGAUGCACGUGCAGUGAGUCGUUUUUAUGACGAUCCCGUUAUCGUCGCCGUCGUUUUAGCCUGCGCCACAGAAGAAACUAAGCCUCUGAUCUGGUUAAGUCCGUCUGCGAAUCAGCGCGGAAAUCCUUGUUCUGGGUCCCACCUGUUAACCAGGAUUUGAGUACGCCCCAUGAUUGGUCUGUUAAAAAAGCCAUUGUUGAAUUGCCAAUCAGGAUGAAAGAAAAUUCGAGACGCGCCGCCCGGUAAUUAGUUGAAUCCGUCGGGGGCCCAGAACAAGGAAAUCGGUGCUGCUUCGUCUGCUGCUUCUAGUCUCCUUCGCAGCCGUUAUUAGGGUCGUCACGCAAAGCUCCUCCCGACUAGUUAGUUGGGAGAAGCGUUGCGUGACGCCCUAAUAACGGCUGCGAAGGAGACUAUGCUGCCUCGCACUAACCAAGGUUAAAUUAUGUCUCCAACACAGGCUACCGUCGUUGUUGCUUUUAAGGAACUCCCUACGUAUUGUGAACGGCCUCUCUAAACUACCUUCUAAAUUUUUUUUUUGUUAUUGCUUUUAAAGGUGGAGGUUAUGCAGAAUAUGUGGCUGUUGAUGAAGCACUUGUAAUGCCUGUCCCAGACUCUUUCAAACUCUCGGAUGCUGCAGCCAUCCCUGAAGUUUGGUUAACAGCAUAUCAACUGUUGCAUUUUCUUGGCAAAGUUAAAAGCGGCGAAGUAGUAUUAAUCCAUGCCGGGGGCAGUGGCGUUGGUACUGCUCUGGUACAACUGUCAAGGUUAGCCGGAGCAAGGCCUUUUGUUACUGCAGGAUCAGAGGAAAAGAUUAAGAUGGCUGAGUCACUAGGAGCUGAAGGAGGCUUCAACUACAAAACAGGAAAUUUCUCCAGUUGGGUGGAAAAUGUUACAAAUGGUACUUGAUGUUGUUACUUGAGUGGAGUCCAAUUCGGUCUGUAAUCAUACGAGUGAAUAACGAAAUCAGACGACUGCAUAACGGGAGUUUGAUUUGUUUAAUCAUGAGUAUGAUUUCAGACCAAAUUGGACGACACGAAAUUCUGUUACCAAUUAAUCAUAACUAUAACAAAAUUUGUUAUAUUUUAGACUAUUUUCUUAUUAAAACGCAAGAAAUUCCUAGAGUUUUUUUUUGCUAGCAGUGAAAAAAGGCCAUUUAAGCACGCGUGUGCGAUGGCGCGUACUGUCCCAUUACACCGUCCUAUUAGUGCGAAAAUCAGAACAGUUGAUAGCCAAUCAGAUUUUGAGAAUUUUGUUAUAGUUAUGAUUAAGGAUGAACAAAAGUAAAAUCGUGGUGUUGUGAUCUCCUCAGAUACCGUGGGUGCCAGAGUUUUUUUUCUCACUUGCAGUGGAAUACUUCGGUUUUGCUCGCAGGAGACAGGUGACUUGAUCGAAACAAGGAACGCCGCUUGAAAAGCCUCUGGCAUCUAGUGUAUUCCUGAGAUUGCAACUCUGUGAAACUGAGCCUGUAUGCAGAUGUCCCCUACCCCGCUUAAUGGACACCUCAGUAUUAUGCACAGUUAGCUUUGUCUCUGAAGAAAGACAGCCCUCACAUUUCCUCUAAAUUCAACCCGCUCAGUACGGAGACCCCGUUAAUAAGGACACUUUCUAUGGCCCCCACAGUGUCCGUACCAACAAGGUGUAACCGUAUCAUAUUAUUUUUCUGUCUCAAGAGCCUGUUCUUGCUCCCAUUUUUCACUCACCCUGCAGAAAGAAUAUAUUUCAACCUAUCUACAUUUUCUGUUUGUACAGUCACAUAGCAUAGAUUUAAUGCUUUAUCAAUUGACGGUACUUACCAUUAAUACGUGUAUUCUUCCAGGUCAAGCAGCAAAUGUGAUCCUUGAUUGUGUGGGGAGCUCAUUCUGGGAACAGAAUAUAAAGAGUAUUGCUGUUGAUGGUCGUUGGAUCUUGUAUGGAUUGUUGGGUGGUAAUAACGUCUCAGGUAACCUCCUUGGACCUGUCCUCAAGAAGAGAGUUUCACUUAUAGGGACAACACUCAAGAGUAGACCACUUGCUGUAAGUUAUUAUUCUCUGAAGUAUUAGGAUCAGAAUAAAAUGGAGCUAGAGAGAAAAAUCAUAAAAAGAAUCAUCUUUUUAGUAAGAUUUAUGUCGUAACAUAUUUGUUAGCCAGGCACAGGCAUUGAAACUUAAAACCUAACAGACUGAUGCAUACCUCAAUCUACCCACUGAACCCUUCCCGCCCACUUCCAGAAAAAAACGUUUAUUGCAUCAAAUUGUGCUGUGUAGGAGGGUUUUACACGUUCACUAUGUUAAUAGUUAUUUCUUUGUGUCUGCGCGUGAAAAGGCAAGGGAUGAGGGAAUUUACAAUCUAACGACGGAAACGAGAACGUCCCUAAAAACUGAAUUUACGUUCUUUCAGUCAUACUUUGUCAAAGUAGGUGAACCCUCCUCAAGUUUAAUUCCAAGCGACUCUAUCCAAGUUCAAACCUGUACAAACUGUAAGUGGUGGAAGUGAGCGUGUACCACUUUUCAUUACCUAUGGUGCCUCACCGUACUUUUUGAUCAUUUUGCAGUACAAAAAAGAGCUGGUAGAGGAGUUUUCAGACAGAAUUGUUCCACAGUUUGCAAAUGGGACACUCAAGACUAUUGUGGAUUCAGUUUUCACCAUUGAUGAAAUCCAGCUAGCUCACAAAAGAAUGGAGUCUAAUGAAAAUAUCGGAAAAAUUGUUUUACAAAUAAUGUAAGACUGUCAAAUAUGACCUCUAGCCAAGAAGAGUCAACUUUAAUUUCUCCAUUUUUUUUUUCCAAUCUUUCUUUUUUUUAUUUACAUAUUUAUGAUUGCUUUUAUUGUACAUAUAGCUCAAGAGAGGAAUUUUGUUAAGUACCCAAAAAGAAUAGCAAAUAGUGAGAGAGACUUUGCCAGUAGCACUUUAAACGUAUUUCUGGCCACUUAGGGAACUUAUUAUAGCAACAACGACAGCGGUGGCAACAAAUUGAAGCAACAUAUAUAGGUUUAACAAGCAAGACAACAACUCUGUACCUGCAUAACAUAUACUUUUCAGUUGCUUUCCAGAACAGUUAGUUUCUCUGCCGUCACUUUCCAUCACAUUAUCUACAGAAUAAACCAAAGAGGAGCAUUUUGAAAUUAAAGAUAAUAAAAAGCUUUAAAGGUCAAAAUAGGUAAUACUUUCUGGUCACAUUAAACCGUAGCUCUCUUGACCUUUGAUAUUAAGUGCUUUAAAUUUCUUCAUACAAUAAGACUAGAAUAAGUUGCAAAAUUUCAUUUGAGUUUUAAAGUUUAAGUAUACUUUCAUAAAAUAUACAGGAUGCAAAUCCUUCUCUUUUUUGUGUACAGUUUGCUUGCACUUGCAAUGUGGCCACUAUGGCUAAACCAAGAAACUGCUGUCCUGACCAAGGGCCAUAAAUGUAGCAACCAUUUUUUCUUUAUGAUGCAGGAUUAUCUGAUAAAGCUCAGAAGCUGUUGGCUUGUCACAAGCAAGUAGAAUGUUAUGGUACUACGGAAGAAAUUUUAGUUGACUACUGUUCUUUUACCAUUUACGUUUAUUUAUAUUUUCCUUUAAAUUGGUUCAGACAAAGGGAAACAAACCAUGUGUGACCAUUAAACUUGAUGUUCAUCACUUGAAAGUGUUACAAAAGACAAGGAUCUGCUAGGGUGGUUCGGUGUGCUACUCCCCCCCCUCCCCUCCCCCUUACAAUUAUAAUUUCUGAUACCUAAAACUGAGAAGAGUGCCCUCUUUGCACGAUAAACCAUUCUUCUGUGAUCCUUUCAUGCCACUAUAAUAUUUCUUAUGGUCUUCCCACUUGAGAAACCUACCUGUCGUUAAAUGCCUGACAAGACUGACAACAAGAUCCCACUCCCAUACAGUAAACUCUGCAUAUCUAUGUUUUAGAAUGCCAUGAGUACUCUCUUUACUAAAAUCCAAAUCUGGACUUUUUAAUCCAAACAAGGAUAUUUUGUUUCUUUACUAAACUCCAAAAACAGAUUAUUGAUUGAAAUGAUCCACAAUGGAGGUGGAUUCUUUUGAUGACCUUUGAUCAUAUCCAAAACCUAAUACUUUGAAUACAUGAUCCGCAGUGUUUCUUUACUGUGUAUCCGAAAAGAAUGAAUAUUGCCAGUGGUGACUCAAAACAAUUUUAAUACAUACAUCAGCUUUUUGACACGACUGCUUAUCUUUACGGCCAUUUUGGAACCAUAGUCAUGGAUGGGUGGGCUAAUAGCCCCGUAAGAAAGCGAGCUCACCUCAUACUCAUAGUGAACAAGCUCCGUAAUAUAAAGAGUUAGCCCUGUUAGAAAUCCAUCAACUGUUUCAAUUUUGACUACCUUCAGCUACAAACAUCGAUUUCAAUCAACCACCUGAAGCGUUCCAUUUAUACUUGGCCACACUUUGCGCGAGCAGUGUGAAAGAGCAGGUUUAUUAAUGGCCAUGGUGGUAAAGUCCAGUUUCGGUUGACUCCAAGCACUGUCUAAAGGAUAAAGACCGCCAUCCGCCAUCUUAAAAUUGCGCCCGCGAUCGAUUGCGAUGUUUUCGUGAGAACAAAAACCUUCAAGUAUCGUUGUCAAUGUGUACCAUGCAUAGUUCCAGGCUUCUCUCGGUGGAAAGAUGACUCAUAUUACAAAAGAAGUCGCACGUCUGUGUUUCAUAUCGUUCAUUCUUGAAAUCGUGCUUUUGUCUGGGAAUUCCACAAUGAGAGCAGUUCUUUAUAUGCCUGGUGGUGUAGAAAAUCUUUAUAUUGGUACAGUAACAAAGCCAAAAGUAGAGAAAACUAAGGUGUUAAUCCGCGCUCACUACACGGCGAUCAAUCGAGCUGACACAUUACAGCGCCGGGGGCUGUAUCCUCCUCCUCCGGGGGAAUCAGAUAUCCUGGGGUUGGAAGUUGCCGGUGUGAUAGAGGAGAUUGGCGAGGAAUGUGCUGGAAAGUGGACGUAAGUAUUUAAUACAGUUAACACUUGCGUCGAUAUCUAUGGAGGGGGCAUAUGGAUCUGGAACCCUCCCCCCCCCCCGCUUCGCCACCUCCUCCCCAGGGGGAUGUCCAUUUUUUUUAUCCUAACCCCCCCUUUAAAGAUGACUGGAAACCAAACACUCAAAUUUUUGUGAGCGCCCUUUGAAAAAUUUGUCUGCAUUAAGGGACAAAAUUUUGUCGGCAUCUCUGAAAAAAAAAAAUCAGCAACCCCUAUUCAAAAACCCGUCAUCCUUACAGGGACAGGGAAAAGGGAGUCAAGAAAGGAACUGUCUGAAGAUUAUUGAACAUAUUGGGCAAAUACGGAGGGGGUUAUCAUGUUCUAGUGAAACUGCCCAAAUUAUCACAUAAUUUGCCCAUUGUUUGUUUUGCUGUAAGUUGUUUUAACCUGGGCGCCAUGAAAAGCUAUGUUUGGUUUUGUUUGUUGAAUGAAUUAUUUCUGCUCUUUUUCUUCUUUUUCCUUCUCUCUCUGUCACACAAUGUUGCGUGACAGACAGAGAGGUACCAGAACUGGACUACCGGUAGUUCUUGAUGUGACAGGGAUAUAAAACAGAAUGACACUGAUGAAGAAUAACUGGGGGAAGGCAAGGAACUACACAGCCUGUACUGAGUCCAUGAGGAUGUCUGAGUUAUCCUUAUGGGUCUGACUGCAUCAACAAAAUUAAACCUGGCUUUAUUUUCUUAACUCACUGCUGGUAUCUAUUUGACCAGUCCAAGUGUAGGAUUUAUCAGAUACACCACUAUAAACAUUUUUAAAAAGAUUUUCUUUUUUUUAAUUCAGUACAAAGGAUUGUUAUGAUCACUGUUUUCUUUUCUUGUUUUUUUUUCUUUCAUAGGAGAGGUGACCAUGUUAUGGCCUUGUUAGGUGGUGAGUACAAAAAUUUUGUUAUUUCGACCCAUUCGAAGGAUAUCUGUGUUUGAAGUAAGAGUCACCAAAUCUCCCAGAUAAAAUUGACUCUCAGGCUUUUCUAAUUCUAUGCCUUAGUUUGGAAUUAAGCCCAUCAAUUUUAAAAAUUUUUUAAUUGACAGCAGAAUUUUGGCGGCAAAUUGCAUAAAUUUCUUCACUGACGGAGAUUAUUUUUGUCAUUACAAUAAUUAUAAAAGUGAAUUUUCAUGGUUUGUUCUUUGCCUUAUAAAAUGUCCUAAGCCAAUAAUGUACCGGUAUCAUAAUUUGGGCACUGGGUCAAGUGGUGUUUUAUAUCAGAGUAUUAUUGGGGGGGGGUGGAUAGCCUGAAUUUUAGACGAUUACUGAGGGAGUAAAAACGACUCGAAGUAAUUGUCUAAAAUUCAGGCUAGGGGGGUGGAGUGAAGAACAAACAAUAGAGUUCAUGUCCUCAGGUACAAAAUAAUACAUGACUAUGUUCUGGGCCCGACUCAGCCUCAUUUUGAGCCACUAGGUGAAUGUUAAAAUGAGCCCUACAGUAAGUAGGGCCCUAAAGAGAGCAUGGUACUCAUGUAAGACAUCUAUUUAAGUUUACAAUGUACAAUGUUAGUCAGGGCUGUAGUUUAAAUAGCUAGAGGCAAGACAAGGCUGUAAAUUUUGAUACUUUAUUGAAUAAAAUACAUUCAGUCUUCAGUUGAACUAGAUUGAUAUAAAAGAAAAAAGAAAGAAAAGAGGAAAAAAACCCUGAAAAUACCAUUUCAGAGCUUCUGGGUUUUUAAAUUUUCUGGUGUAGGGCAUGUCCCCAGACCCUCCUAAGGGCCUUGCACCUUCGACAAUCACCCCAGCUAUGCCAAAAGUCUGGCUACAGCUCUUAUAGUACUGCUGUAAAUUGAAAGAACAUGUUUUAACUACCUUCUAACUUUACUAUAAAUAAUUGUUUUUAAAGGUGGAGGCUAUGCAGAAUAUGUGGCUGUUGAUGAAGCACUUGUAAUGCCUGUCCCAGACUCUUUCAAACUCUCGGAUGCUGCAGCCAUCCCUGAAGUUUGGUUAACAGCAUAUCAACUGUUGCAUUUUCUUGGCAAAGUUAAAAGUGGUGAAGUAGUAUUAAUCCAUGCCGGGGGCAGUGGCGUUGGUACUGCUCUGGUACAACUGUCAAAGUUAGCUGGAGCAAGGCCUUUUGUUACUGCAGGAUCAGAGGAAAAGAUUAAAAUGGCUGAGUCACUAGGAGCUGAAGGAGGCUUCAACUACAAAACAGGAAAUUUCUCCAGUUGGGUGGAAAAUGUUACAAAUGGUACUUGAUGUUCUGGCUAAAAAUGAUUCCUAAACUUGCUAAGAAUUAUGUACUGUGGAUGUACACAUCACCUAUAUUUUCCAGUGUAUUACAGUUGAACCCUACUUUACAGACACCUGCUUAAUAUGGACACCUUGUUACUAUGGGCAGUUUUCCUUGUACCUAGCCCUUAUAUUUUCUCUAAAUUCAGCCCACUUAACACGGACGCCGCAUUAAUAUAAGGACACUUUCUAUGGCCCCCUCAGUGUCCGUAUUUAUAGCGUUUGACUGGAGUUUAAAAUUUACAAGCCAGCUUACAGGGCUAGAAGUUUUUGUUAAAAUGAGUUGAAACCUUAAUUUGUUGUUUGCUUGAGUGAAAUUCUAAGCCUGUUUUUUUCCCCAAAUACUCAAAAGGAUCUGUUGCUAAUGGAUACAGAGAGGUGUAGAGAAGUGACAAGCACGCAAACAUAACUUGCUUUGAAACUCAAUCUUGAUCUGAUCGUUGAUGUUCAAACUAAAGGUUCCUUUCAAAGUCUUAGGGGACUAAAGAUACAUCUUCUAACAUCUCACUCUCAUGGCAUUAUAAUCAACCCAAAAAAUAAGAGAAUGAAAAAUAAAUAAGAAAAGAAAUAAAUGAAGAAAAAAAAUUGCUUAACUGGAGUUUGCAUGCUUAAAUUAAGAUCUAUUAUUAUUUUAUUUUCUUCCAGGUCAAGGAGCAAAUGUGAUCCUUGAUUGUGUGGGAAGCUCAUUUUGGGAACAGAAUAUAAAGAGUCUUGCUGUUGAUGGUCGUUGGAUCUUGUAUGGUCUUUUGGGUGGCAGUUAUGUCUCAGGUGACCUCCUCAGUGAUAUCCUAAGGAAAAGAGCUUCACUUAUAGGAACGACACUGAGGAGUAGAUCCCUUAGUGUAAGUUAUCAUUCUUUUGUUUCAGGAUCUCUAUAUUGUCAAUACCAGAUGUAGAUAGAAAUUUAGUCAUUUUAAAGUUGAACCUCUUUAGGAUGGCCACCUUGCAGGGGCACCCAGUGAGAAUAUAGUUCAAAAGCACUUAAAUAUAGCAUUGUUGAAUGUAUUUUAGUAUUUAAACGGUAGAUCUAUAUAGUCAUAUUUUUAUUCCCGAAAUAUUUUUCAUCUGUUCAGAUUUCCUAGGUGAAUGUCUAUAGUUAUCCAAAAAUUAUAGGGAUCAAGACUUACCUUUUCGAAAAUUUCAGCCAAGAAAAGGCUCCCAAAAUUUCUAGGUGACCUUUUUAGGGUAAAAAUCCUUUUAAAAUGAGCAAUUAUACCAGUUUUUAGAUGUUCGAAAAUCCCAGGAGAGGCAGGCAAGCAAGAAAUUUUACAAAAAAUGUUCUGAAAAUUCUAGACCUCGUCUUCAGAACAGAUAUUUUCCAAAAAUUGACGUUGGGUGCCCCUGACCUUGGGGACAGAAGAAAGUGGCCAUUGUGAAGAAGUGGCCAUUGUAGAGAGGUUUUAAACAAGAGUCAAUAUGUAUGGAUUUUUUGGUCAACGGGAUGAAAAACAGGGGCCGUUUUAGAGAGGUGGCCAUUGUAGAGAGGUUGGUGUUGGUGGAGGUUCGACUGUAGAUCAACUACAGCCAAACCCUGCUUCAUGGACACCUGCUUAAUAUUGACACCUCGUCAUUAUGGACAGCUUGCUUUGUCUUUCAGGAAAGAAAGCCUUUACAUUUUCUCUAAAUUCAACCCGCUUUCUACAGACACUCCAUUAAUACGGACACUUUCUAUGGCCCCACUCAGUGUCAGUUCUAACCGGGUUAACAGUACAGAAUCCCUACAGUCAAUGUAGGUCAAGUGUAGCCCCCAAGAUUACAUUAAUGAAUUGAUUAUUUGAAAAAUGAAUCUGGUAGUUGUUCCCAUAACUAGUGUCAAAUUCAAAUCCGCAUUCCUGCAUGCAUAAUGACAAGUUCAACAAAUGUUGUACGACAACUUCUCUGUAUCUUUUCAUAUUGAACAUCUGUGAAUAGCUGAUAUUUAAUUUACUACCUCGUGUGUGAAUUCACGGCUCAUCACGCAUGCAAGAAUGCAGAGAUAAAUCUGAAAUCUACAACUAGCAACAGAUUCAACUUCUGAAUAAUAAAUUCAUUAAUGGAAUCUUGGGGAGUACACUUGACCUGGCUUGACUGUAAGUUAAUCGUUUUCUUGUGCAAAUUAUAUUGUAUGUUAAACCUUAGUGGGAUUGACAAAAUUAAUAUAAGAAUCCGAUACAAAACGAAUUCCAGUAGUUGUAGUCAAAUAAGGGGUAUGAAAUACAGUUGAGCCUCUCUAAAACUUCCACCUUGGGGACAGAAGAAUGUUCUCGUUCUAGAGAGUCAAUGUAUGAAAUUUUUGUCCGCCGGGAAAGUGAAAGUGGCCGUUGUAGAGAGGUGUUGUAGAGUUGUGCCGGGUUGUUAUGGUAUUUUGUUAUCUCAAAACAAAAGUGAUAAUGGCUGGUUCACUUAUCAUUGGGUAUUAAAUUUCUUGCUACAGGCAUCAACUAAAACGUGGAAGAGGGCAAGGGGGAUGAGUGUAGGGGAGGCAGGAGGUGGAAGAAAAAGGGGAAAAUUAUGCAAAAAUGCAGUUUAUCUUACGAUGAAAAAAGGGCUAGAGGGGGAACACCAUGAAUAAAGGAGUGGGAGCCGGAAAUUCUAGGCACGUGAGGCGGGAGGUUUGGACCCCCCCUAAACACCCCCAUCUGAAAACAGCAACAACUGAUCAACUGAUUAACCCCCCUCCCAACCCCACCUGAAAACAGCAUUGUGGUAUUAGUGCAGAAAGAAGACACCCUGCAGGUACUAUUAUGAUGCCCGACACAAAAACGGCUUAUCAUUGUUUUUCCCCAUCCUUUUGCAGUACAAAAGAGAACUGGUACAGGAGUUUUCAGAAAGAAUUGUUCCACAGUUUGCAAAUGGAAGACUAAAGACUAUCGCGGAUUCAGUUUUCACCAUCGAUGAAAUCCAGCUAGCUCACAAAAGAAUGGAGUCUAAUGAAAAUAUCGGGAAAAUAAUUAUACAAAUUAUGCCAGAUGAUACAAAUACUGAAGGAACCAAAUCUGAACUCUAACCUUUAUUUUAUUUGCUUAUAUUUAUUUAUUGCCUUUGGCUCAACAAAAUCCACCCUAUUUUAAAAUAAGCAGAGCCUCAAGUUCUUCGCUUGCAACCGGUGAAGACAGCUGCCACAUUUAAGAUAGUGAUAUGCCGAAAACUAACGAAGAUGUACUGCCAUAUAUGAGCUAUAUAGGUAUGUGCCGCUGUGAAGGGUAUGGUUUUCAAACAGUCUACUCUAGGAUAGGGUAUAUAAAUCAGAGCGCUUGGGUCUAGAAUAGGCUAUCAUUUUUCAGGAACUGAACUGAUCAGUUGGUUGAAGAUUUUAUCUAGACUACUGAAACAGCUACUCUAGGAUAGUGGGGAUUUGGGGAGUUUACUCUAGUAUAGGGUAGCAAAAUUCAGCUGAACUAGCUGUGGUAUAGGUUAAGGGUUCCAGGGUCCCAGCUGUACAUCCCCAC